GCUAGUCGCGCGGGGAGCAGGGGCUGCGCUGCGGCCGGUUACGUUCAGCGCUUUUUUUUUUUCUCUUUUGCAUUUGGGUUUUAAAAAGGCCCUUUUUCAUUUCAGUGACGCUUUCCGACUUCAGCUACAGUGAUAGCUAAGUUUGGAAAGGAGGAAAAAAAGGGGCAGUUUGGUUCUUUUUGCAAAAAAAUACAUAAUCAUCGCGCGCAUUCAGAUACUAUAGUAAUCGGAAACGUUCAACGUUGUACACAAAAAAAGGAUCAAUACCGCAGACUGGAGGGCGGAUCGCAAACAUGGAAAGCUGCGCGUCAAAGAAGUCCUGUUGUGAAUCCAUUCGCGAUUUCUUCACUUCGUCCAAGUUUCUCAUUUACCUGGGACACGCACUGUCCACAUGGGGGGACCGUAUGUGGAACUUUGCCGUGGCUGUCUUUCUGGUGGAGCUGUAUGGGAACAGCCUGCUCCUCACCGCUGUGUACGGCCUGGUUGUGGCUGGUUCCGUUCUGCUGCUGGGAGCCAUCAUCGGAGACUGGGUCGACAAAAACCCCAGGCUUAAAGUUGCGCAGACGUCUCUGAUUGUCCAGAACUCUUCCGUAAUUCUUUGUGGCAUUCUUUUGAUGGUGGUUUUCCAGUUCAAAGAACAUCUUCAACAAUUCUACAAUGGUUGGUUACUUACUGUCUGCUAUAUCAUGGUGAUCACCAUUGCAAACAUUGCCAACCUGGCAAGUACAGCUAUGUCUAUCACAAUCCAGAGAGACUGGGUGGUGGUGGUAGCAGGGGACGACAGGAGCAAACUGGCCGACAUGAAUGCCACAGUGAGGAUAAUAGAUCAGCUGACCAACAUCCUGGCCCCCAUGCUGGUCGGGCAGAUCAUGGCUUUCGGUUCCCACUUUGUUGGCUGCGGGUUCAUUUCCGGCUGGAACCUCUGCUCCAUGUGUCUGGAGUACUACCUGCUCUGGAAAGUUUACCAGAAGACUCCGGCGCUGGCCAUCAAGGCUGGCCAGAAAGAGGAGGAUCAAGAGCUCAAGCAUCUUAAUGUCCAGCAAGAGGCUGAAAAUGGCCUGAAGCUACUUGAUGGUUCCCAGUCCAUGGGCAAUUCAGUGGUGGCACAGGCAGACGCUCCAAAGAAGGAAGGUUUCUGCUACCAGAUCUCAGAGCCCUUCCGCACCUUCAGGGAUGGGUGGGUGGCCUACUACAACCAGUCCAUCUUCUUUGCCGGCAUGGCACUUGCCUUCCUCUACAUGACCGUGCUGGGCUUCGACUGCAUCACCACUGGGUAUGCCUACACUCAGGGCCUGAACGGCUCCAUCCUCAGCCUCCUCAUGGGCGCGUCAGCCAUCUCGGGCAUCUUCGGCACCGUGGGCUUCACCUGGCUCCGCAAGCGUUGCGGCCUGAUCCGCACAGGCUUUAUUUCAGGCAUAGCCCAGCUUUCCUGCCUCCUGCUCUGCGUGGCUUCUGUCUUUGCACCUGGCAGCCCCUUGGACCUGACAGUCUCUCCAUUCCAAGAAAUGAUCCGGCACCUGAUGGGUGAGCCCAGCACCCUGCCAGAGGCCGGCCCCACCCCAGUGAGUACGCUCAGCACUGCCAUGCAAAGUCUGGUCAACAGCUCCACUUUGGUGCAGGAGAUGGAGCAGGAACCACAGGUGGAGUCCUAUUUGUCUGUCAGCCUUCUCUUCGCUGGCGUCAUUGCUGCUAGGGUUGGUCUUUGGUCCUUCGACUUAACUGUGACCCAGCUGAUCCAAGAAAAUGUGAUUGAGUCCGAAAGGGGCAUCAUUAAUGGCGUCCAGAACUCCAUGAAUUACCUCCUCGACUUGCUGCACUUCAUCAUGGUCAUUCUGGCACCCAACCCAGAGGCCUUUGGCCUGCUGGUCAUUAUCUCCUUUGCCUUCGUGGCCAUGGGCCAUGCCAUGUACUUCAAGUUUGCCUACAAGAGCCUGAGGAGCCGGCUUUUCCUUUGCUGCUCUCCGGAGCAGAAAAUGGAGGCGAGAGUUCCUUCACUUCCUAGCGUUGUUUAGGCUGUUAAAGAGCCCCCUUUAUUCAUGCCAUUCGCUAACUGCUAUGCGCCUUGACUUCAGAAGUUAGCUUUAGGAUCGCGCCCACAGCAUCACGAUAUAUGCACGUAUAGGUGACAUUAGUUGCUCAUGUCAGGGAAUGCGACACUGCAAGGGUGAGUAAAACCGUCCUGAAGCGCACAGCCAUUAGCAUUAACUUAGCAAAGCAGGAGCGAAAUCUCAGCUCCAGCCUCCGUUUUGAACCCGAGCCUGUGCUGUGCUGGUCCAUCAUGUUCAUACCUAAAGGGGAAAUCGCUCGUGGUGCUGGCAGUCUCUGCCGAAAUUUCUGUUCUCUACAUACACAUAUCUCCUGAAAGCUGUGAAAGCCGUCAUUUCCCAAAGCCAAAAAUUUCCAAAGCCAUUAGCAUUAGCGGUUUGCACAUGGCGAGUGCAGAGUGACUCACGCUCAGGCUGUACUCCAUACAUUUUAACUGCUAUAGCGGAUGUGUUUUUACCGUACGUAACAUACUAUAUAGCCACGUACUUUAUUUAGCAUGACAUAAGCUUAGCUCAAAGUUCAAUAAAAGUAGUAGUUACAAGCUUACACGAGCUUUAAGCGUAUUCACAUAUAGGAGUAGAUAUAAGCUUGUACUGUGAACCUGUAGUCAGUAUUGUCUAAUUUUUGUUCUUAAACAUAACUAAUCUCCUGAAAAGCUAUGCAUAAAGACACUUCAUACUACCAAAUUGGGAACUGCUCUUUAUAAUGCCUAAAACGAUGUAAGGAUGUAAGGGAAUAUCCAUUUUCUGCCCAUGCAGUCGUUGCACUGUGCUUGGAGAAAUAUUGUUAUACGUAGCAUUGUUUGUGGUUUUUUUUACAACAUGCGCACCAAAACGUGAAACAGCCAACUGUCUAGUGAUGACUGUACAGGCUCCUCAACAAACUUUGACGUUGCCAGAAAUUCUCAUUGACUUUUAAGUGGGUUUUUGGGGUGUACCUCUCAUGAUUGUUUCAAAGCACUUUAAUUGUACUUUCACUAUUAUGGUAAAAGUAUGGACACUUUUCACUUUAAAUAGACAGCAUGGAAGGCUAAGACUCUUCAUAGAGUUUUUCUUUUUUUUGUUGCAGUGUACGCUGAUGUACGAGAACCUAUCUGUCCAGUUCAGUGCAGUUUUAAAUUCACCUUUUGGCAUAUAUUUGUGCACAGCAUAUUAAAACCCAGAAACCCACUUCUUUCCCCCUCUACUUUUUCCAAAGGAUGUGGUUUGAGGUCCAUUGUCACUUUAGGUCAGUUUCUCAAAACUGGGAUUUCAAGCCUUUCCCGGUGUGAGAAAGCUCACAAAGACAGGCUGUCAUAUUUAAUACCUCACAGGUGUAGGAAUGUGACGUGAUUGUUUUAUUUUUCCUCAGUGUCUAUGUACAUAUUUGCUUAAGAGCCAUAACUACGGUUGGCCCAGACUGGAAGACCUCAGAGCUCCCACAUCCAGUGGUCAGGUGUUGGUGCAUUUUAGAGCAAUAUUGGGACUGGCCAGCUGUCAACCCACAGGGAACACGAAGGCCUUACUGGGCAAUUUCUCCAAACAGGUGGCACAUGAACUCGAGCUGGUUAUUUUAUACAGUUGUGCUGAUUCUACAAAUUCACAUUCCAAGUCUUCAAAAAUAUGUUCCAUGGGCAAGCACAAAGUUCGAAGUAAGCAGGAUUGUGAGGGAAAAGGACAAAGAACACUUUCUAGACUACUGGGGCCGUUUGGGUAAUUCAGAUUCAUAGCCGUUUCUGUUACGAUAAUACUAACAAAACAAUACAAUUCAAACAUAACAGCAACAGUGCAAAUAAUUGUGUAGGCAUCGUUAAAAAUUCAGUUUUAGGACUUUUCUACUUUUUGUAUUUUGAAGGUGAGCGUUUGUAUUGUGUGAUGAACUUACAUAUUUGUAAUCAAGCCAGUUAAUGCAUUGCAUGCGUUUGUUUAUAAGUAGUUUGUAUCCCCAGCUGGUUCCAGUCCAAAGAAAAUCUACUUAAAUUCAGACUUACUUAUGGUGGAAUCUGAAAAAAAAACUAUAAAAUGGAAAACUAUAUAAGAACAACUUGGAAUAUAUUUCUUAGUGUGUUUUGCAGUAUUUUGAAGUGCAUUUUGCAGUACUUUAAUGUACUGGACUAUGCGACGACCAGUUUAUACAUUACUUGUUUUAUAUCGACUGUAAGCACUCCAUGGACCAUUGGAGAAGUACAGAGGGGUUAUUGUGUUUGUAUUCUGUUUCAUCUUUGAAAUAAAAUUAUUC